UGUAAGUUAGUAUUUAAUCUAUGCAGAGAGCUUGUUCUUUCUGUGCCUCGGCAUCUAUGAAUUGAGGUGCUCUACUAACCCUUUUUGAUAACGCGUCUUCACGACGCGGAGGCGAGAACUGAAUCGCGCACCUUUGCAAUGUGGUCUUUUACGUGUCCACUUCGAUCUGAAUCCGCGUUUCAUUAUAAUAUUCUUAUCAGGUAAAAGAAAAGAUAUGAAACAAUUUUUUUCUCGAGGAGAAGAGACGUGGCCGCAGACCAGAGAAGAAGUAAGAAGAUACGUGGUAUUUUCAAAAUGUUCAUCAGUAUUUGCAAUUGACUCACUGGACUCUAUUACCGCUUUAUUAACAUCCGUAUUGUUCCAUUUAUCGCAGUCGUAAGACGGUGCCUCUGCGGGCUGCGUGUCUAUUCCGCUUUUGUGUCCGACGCUACAACAUGGAAGGGGAGUUGUACCUGCAUUUUCGCCCGGAUUGUGAGGACAGAGACGGGACCACAGUGCUGCAGAAAGCUCCCGGGUCAGUGGGAUCCAUGAGUGCAGACACAAAAAAUGCAGCACACGUCGUUUUGUCUCAGCGUAUCAACAAGGAAACUGUACCGAAUACUACCUGAUAUCCACACAUUUGUUCACCUGCCGCCUUGUCUGUUUUCACUGCGUCGCAGCAGAGGCACUUUUCUUUAUGUGCAAAGAAUGUAUCAGUUGCAUGAAGAUGAAACAAAAGUUUUUUGCGAUUCUGUUAGUUGGAAGGUUUGAACUGAUUUGCAAUCAUCUAUAUUUUCACUCCGAACAGCAAAUGUUAAUUUGGUUUAUUGUGGUACAACAUCCUCCCUUGCAAUACUGGUGGAGCGUAUAAAAGUUUUGCAGACGUGCACGAAAGGCGGGGACGCGAGCUGGGUUGAAGUGUGCGGGGUGAAACACCCGGAGAAGCGAGGCUGGAUUCAGCGAGAGUUUGUAGCAGCGCCGUCUGUGCGCCACGCUAGCACGGACUUUCCGGCGAGCUUGAACUGCGGACCCAUCGCAGAGGAUGAUGACGUAAUGGUGCUGGCCGAGCACCCGAAAAAGCAAAUCUGUUACGUCGCAAACACGCAGGGUGGUGUUAGUGCAGUAAGCUACUUCUUGUUUUAUUUUCGAUUUGCUGUUCACUGCUAUAAUUUUAAUUUUUCGCACCGAAAAAUAGACGAAUUCUAUGCCCAGACCCAUAAAUGUAAUUCUUUGCGCGCUCAAGGAGACCUGGAUCUCUCUGUAUUUAGCUUUGAUUUUUUUUCUUUAUGCGAAGUGCGGUACGGCAACAGCUUCAGAAAUCAUUUGGAUUUACAGUCAGCAUUGUGACCCGUACACUUCGUUGCUGUACACCCUCGGUCCAACUGUUGAUUAAGUAGUAAAGUGAACUUUGAUCAUGGGUCCUCCCGCACGAUUAUAGCCAUUUGGAUGUGAAUAUGGAUACUUAUUUUGUUUCGCCAAGUAGCGGCAGGAUGUGCAUGUGUUGCAGAGACACCUACUGAAAUAAACAUUUUACAAGCUGAAGCUUUUUGUAGAAAUUAAGCAUGAAAAAAAUGAACAAAUAGGUUCCCCUAGCGUUCAUCGCACCCGAGAGUGACGUGGAAGACAAUGAGGACUCCGCGGAUUCGCUACGCAACAAAGAAGAACACAAAGAACACGCCGCUGCAACACAAACAUACUAGUAGUAGCCAGGAGAACGCUCUUUCAUUUCUUUUGGGAACCAACGUUCUGGUUUUCGUUUUGCAUCAUAUAUAAUUUCCCUUUCUGAUGUUUAACACGUGUGUCUGCAGUGUUCGGCAAAAUUUGAUUGCAUACUGAAAGGACUCGGAUUACUGGGAUGCGGAUUCCGCGGACGAGAACGGGCAGCCUUAUUGGGCAUCACGGCAGGCCGGGGCACGCUCCCUUGUGGACAAGGCGGCGCGACGCUCUCAGAGGCUGCAGAAGAAGCUUGGUUCACCCGCUAUGAAAAAAAGAACGAGCAGGCGGCCGAUCAAAAAUUCUAAAAUCUCCUAGUUCGGCUUCGGUUAUGUUGAAAAUUGUUAGCCUUAACGCAUGAGAAAUGUCACAGGAACCAGAACAACCUUGUCGAGCGCGGCAAGGUCAGGACAGUGAAGCUCUUUGAACUCUGGGCAUGAUGAGGAGUGCCGCGCUAUAUCUUACGAGCUGGCGAUGUGUUUCAGUUUCUACAUUAUAAUCCAAUGUUGAAAAUGGUUUUACAUAUCUUCGCAUCGCGGUGAAUUCUUCUCGUCUUUCUUCAGAAUCAGAACAUCACAGGUGUGCAUUAACCGACGAGGUAAUUUUGCAUUUUGAUAUUUUGCAUGUUCAGGCCGGAGCUCAUUUUGCGUUUUGAUAUAGGCAAGACCCGAUGAUCCGGGACUGACGGCGCUCGCGAGUCUAGCUGCGGCUUCGGGGGAAAAUUCUGACGACUCAGAUGUAGAUGCUCAUGUACCCAUGACAGCUGCGUCUGCCGUUCGCAGAGGCGGAAAAAGAAAAACGAAUCCGCAGAAGGAAACCAGAGCUGAGCUACUGGCACGUGAAAACGAAGCGACAAAAAAAUCGAGGGUAGGCAAUGCUUUGAAAUUUGUAUUUGCGUAUCGUACAACACUAUCCUGUUGGUUCCUCUCAGCUUUUCUAGAUUUCCGCCCUUCUUGAUCUUGAAUUCGAUAUGGCUCAUCUGUAAGAGCUACGGACACUCAUGAUUUUGUGCCCUGUUUCUGCUGAGUUGCAAAUUAGCUCUAUUUUUCACAUACGACCUUCUUACUCUGGGUCUUCAUGCGUAUGACGAUGACCAUUCCUUUCACAGGGGGCUCCGUCAUCAUCCAGCAGUGUCACGAAGAAUCCGCCGGCGGGCACUGCCAACAGCAUCUUUGAAGCAGUCGCACCGCGGAAAAAGCGAAAGCUUGAAGUGCAAAAGACGGAAAUACGAGACGUGAAGUUUUGAGGGCGCGGAGAGGAUUUUUCAUUAGCAUGCAUGAUGAUCAGGAUCUACACUUCUAUUUGGAGGUUGUUCUGUAAAGAUGGAGAUCGAGAUUGAUCAAUCAAAAGUCGACAGAUAAAAGCACUACUUAUUUUGCAUGCGAACAUUGAGAGAAAUUUUCCGUGCGUCAUGCCUCCUGCGCUUAUCCAGGCAAUAGUUGUGUCGCGCACAACCUAUUUUUUAUCGAGUGGGGGAAUGAACAACUUCCUCAUGGAAAAUGCCUGCAGGCGCCAGUUCUUUUUCUUUCCGACAAUGCGAAGAAGAUGCUGCUGCGGGACUGUUUUCCGACUAAGACCGUCUUUUUGGGUACGUCCACCUGCAAGCUCUGAUCAUGCUUGGUCUCGAGCGGAGCAUCCACUCCCGGUUGAUCAUGGUCGACGAGGCCCGAGGCCCGAUAGUCGGAUUCAGGAGGCGAUCGUGCAACAAGCUGGCAAGGGACGAUGUGAUAUUUUAAACCGAGUUCCGGUUGACAUCAUGAUUUGAACUUGGAAAUGCGAACAAAUGCUGAGCUGUGUCCACUCAUCUCGACCAAGCGACAGCGCACAACUUUUGGUUUUGCACCUUACGUGACGACACCUAGAUUUGCGACAUCGACACGUAGAGUUUGCUAAGACAAGACUGGUGCUGUCCCGCACAGAAUGGGC